UUGCCUUGUUUGGGACCCGCCUUGUUCCGUGUGGGUCCGAAAUGAACAUCUCUUCCUCAUAGUAUGAAUGCCCGUCGACGACAAAGCGCCGCUGAGAAGGAUGAUUCAUUUUUCAUUUCCAAUACGAUUCGGGAACCCUAAAAACCUGCUUAAUCCCCAGCCAAAUCGUCAUCAAUCCAAGCUUUUCCAUAACCUACCAAUGGCGGAUGUUCUUCCCAGUUCCAGAAGACCCGUUUGUCCAUCCUGCUCGAAACCGGCCCGUAUCUGUCUCUGUUCGCGGUUUCGUAGUUCCAGUGUCGAGAACUCAGUUGGGGUAAUCAUUCUUCAGCACAGUUUAGAGAAAAACCAUCCGCUUAAUUCUGCUAGAAUCGUAAAAUUAGGUCUCAAGAAUGUGGAGAUCGCCACCGUUUCCGACGUUAACUUCGAGGCUCGCUUUACUAUUCGGCUGCCUGAACCUAAUUCCGCAGCACAAAAUCUUGAUCCUGAUAUAGAAUGUAGUUUCAGAAAUGGUCAUGGUACGAUUCAAAAGCCACAAAUUCAGGAUGGGUCUAUUGUCGAUAAACUUAACUGCACAAAAACUAACGAAGGAGCUGCAAUUUCUGUUACGAUUGGGAAACAUGGCGUCGUUAACUCAUUCGAUCACAUCUGGAUGCAACUACCGGGUUUUCAGGAGCUUAAAAUCAAUGAGUUCUUGGCAUCUCCAGAAAUUAGGGCAUCAUUAGCAAAAGGGUUCAUCGUCAAGAAAAUGCAGAAGCGGCAGCUAGUUGAAAGCAAGGGGCUAGAAGAAUAUGCUGAGUUCGAGAUUCAGGUUCCUCCCAAGUCAGUUCUACUUUUUCCCUCUGAAAAUGCAUUUACUGUAAGUGGUGGUGUUGAUGGUAGUGAUUUUUAUAUUAAUAAUUUGAUAGUUUUAGAUGGAACAUGGGCAAAAGCAAAGAGAAUGUACAAUGAAAAUCCUUGGUUGAGGCUUUUGCCACAUAUGAAGUUGGACUUAGAGAUCAUGAGCUUGUAUAGUGAAGUGAGACAUCAGCCUAAGAUUGGUUUUUUGUCCACCAUUGAAAGCAUUGUCUAUGCCUUGAAGCUAAUAGGAGAUCACCCUGAGGGGCUGGAUGAUUUGUUGGAUGUUUUUGAGUCUAUGAUAGGAGAUCAAAGGAGAUGUAAAGAUGAGAGGCUCAAAAUUACUAGUCAAUUUUAAGUUUUUCCUCUCUAAUCAAAAUGUGCAACCAUUAAUAUGGUUCUCCAUGAAUGUAUAUCGACUGACAAGAUGCAAGAAGGAGGAAAAAUGCUGCUGAAGUUGCACAAGUGGGCCUCUAUUGAAUUUUCCAUGUAAAGCUUUGAUUCUCAUUUGUCAAAGAGACACAUAACUAGAUGAUCCUUCCCUUCCAAGAAAAAGUGGAAAGUUCACAAACCUUCAGUCAUUUCAACUGUAGUGUACUGAGUACUCAUCUUAAUUUGGCAUGAGUUCUAGUUCGUGCUACUUCAAUAGAAUUAUUGAUUAUUGAACUCAUUCCAUUCCCUUCAAACAGCAUCUUGGCAUCCAAAGUUGAAGGAACCAAAUGGAGCCUUCAUUAGUUAUAUGUUAUCCUUUUCACAAUCCCUCAAGUGACCAAAUUCUCAUCCACGGCCUUGCUCUCAGCCAGACACACAGUUUCAAAUAUCCAGUAUGGACUCACCGUUCACUUACUAGCCUUCUUAUAGUAUGACCUUACACACCAAAUGUUUCUAAUCUUGAUGCAGUUAUUAAAGGGUAUUAGUUAUUGCUUAGUUAACUACAAAAUUACCCGUGUUAAUACGCUACUACUUGUUAUGAUUUAUGAUUAUUCAAGUGAAAUGUAUAUAAAUGCAAAGUUGUACUGAUCUAUUUCUCUCAAUUGAUGUUGAGCAAUCAGCAGGUAGUCAUCAGCCUCCAAAAGGUUGGGCUGAUGGCUGAUGUUGAUUUGUUCCAUUCAACAACUAGGAGGAAGGUGACUUUUGCUUUCAUUUUCUUGAGAUUCUGUUUGCUUCAUUUCUUCUAUGUUUUUAUGAGAAGGACCAAGGAAUGUUUCAGAUUUGAA